GUCACGUGACUAAGUCAUCUGUUGUCGUCAGCUACUUUCCCUCGAGAAAGUUUCAUUGAAAAUUGUGCUGACCAGCCUCCCGACGUUGAUAUAUCAAGUUGUUAUAUGCCAAAUUGGGUAGUGAGUAUGAGAGGAGGACGGUGAGGAGGAGGGUGAGGAGCGCGCGCGAGGCUGGUGUAGUGAGGAGACUUGUGAGUGUUGAGGCCCCGCUGCCUCCCGGGAAUGUUUACACGGCGCGGCCCGCUCCUGCUGCUGCUACCCUGGAACCCUCGCUCAUAUCAACAGUCCCUCACAUAUACUAACUCUCAUACUAGCGCCUCGUAUAUUUUGUGGUGGGAAAGACUUGUACGGUGAAGAUGAGUCGGGUGGUCUAGUUGUGAGUUACGCUGAUGUGGCCAGGUGACGGCGGCUCCCACAGUUUGACGACGGGAUAACCCCCCCGGCUAUUACGGCACCACUGCCUCCUACGGCACCACUGCCUCCUACGGCACCACUGCCUCCUACGGCACCACUGCCUCCUACGGCACCACUGCCUCCAACGGCACCACUGCCUCCUACGGCACCACUGCCUCCAACGGCACCACUGCCUCCAACGGCACCACUGCCUCCAACGGCACCACUGCCUCCUACGGCACCACUGCCUCCAACGGCAUCACUGCCUCCAACGGCACCACUGCGGCACGACCGCCUCCUCCAGCACCACCGCCUCCUACGGCACGUCUGGCAAUAAUGAUUAUCGAGAGCCCAGACCUGCUGAAGCAGUGGCUGACAAGCUAUCUGGCGCCACUGUGUGAUGCUGACCCCGAGGCAUUAGCUAAAUAUUGUCUUGCUCUGGUCCGCAAAGACCGUCCUGUAUCUGAACUGAAGGCUAGUAUGAUUGAGCAACUUGACGUUUUCCUUCAAGCAAACACAAAAUCAUUUGUUGACAAGUUUCUUCAGGUAACAACAGCAAGAUCGUACUUGCCCAAACGGUCUGCUCCAUCGUCGUCGUCAGCCAGCUCUUUUAACCUUGACGCAUCGUCUACUAAUUUUACCAGCAAUACUGAUGGUGGACCUCCACCAUUACCCCCAACACCUACCCCUAAACAAUCUUCUGGUCACUCCCCUGAUUCUACUACUCCGCCCAAUGCUGUACCGCCACCACCACCUGCUUCAUCGUCUACCAGUGUACAGCCUGCCCCACCACUACCGCCACCAAGUUCUGCAAUUGUUGCUCCUCCUCCGCCACCCCCUGAGUCUGCUCCCCCACCUCCUCCAGCCUCUGUUAUCACUCGUAAAGAAGAAGUAUCGUCAUCGCAACGAUCUAGAAAAUCUGAUUCUGAGAGAGAUAGAGAUGAUAGAAGAGGCAGACGCAGAUCACCAUCUCGAGGAAGGUCGCGUACUAGAUCAAGAUCUGGUUCCCGAAGUAGAGACAGAUCUCGAAGGUCACGUUCUAGGGGCAGAAGUGGCCGUAGCAAAUAUGACGAUAGAAGAAGAAGAUCACCUAUAAGCAAACGAUAUCGACGCUCUCGUACGAGAUCACGUAGCCGUAGUCCGAGGCGAUCUCGAAGUCCUCGUCGAUCCAGGUCACGCGAGAGAAAAUCUAGAUCAAGAAACAGAUCUCGUUCCAUAACCCCAAGAAACAACAGAUCCUCUGCCCGCGGAAGGUCGCCUCCCCCUAUUCCUAGAUCACCCAGUCCAUCGAGAAAGUCAAAGUCUAUUCCAAGGGCAGAUGAAAAGCGAGAGUCCCCCCAUGGAGCUUCACCGGUGUCCGAGACAAAGCUGGAGCCAAGGAGUGACCCUAGUUCCAUAAUGCAAAGUGUGGUUGCAGUCAAACAUCCAGAGUUUACAUUACCACCAGCUGGGAAGAAGCAGAGGUGUCGUGACUAUGACGAAAAGGGCUACUGUAUGCGUGGGGACAUGUGCUCCUUUGACCAUGGCUCUGACCCAGUAGUGCUUGAAGGGAUCAGUGCUGUGCUGGACUUUCCCCCUCCCCCUGUGCCUGGAGCUGCGCCUAGUGCCCCUGGCUACACCCCGGCCCCAGCACCCCCUCAGGGGGUGCCCACACCCCGCCACCCACCUCCAAGACAUCCACAGUUUGUAUCUACAGGGGAAUACACUCCCCGUGAUCCAAGUCUUUGGGUUGGUCAAACCAACACUAACACAGGGCCCUAUUAUGGUGGUAAUGGUGGGCCAGGCAGAGGAGCUAGUGUGGGUCCAAGAUUUUCAGCUCCACCUCCACUUCUGCCCAAUAGCACGUCACGGGAACUAAUAAAUGUUCCCGUAAAUAAUGGAGGUCACAUGGGGCAGUGUGGUGGUGGUGGUGUUCGUCCAUCCUUAGCAAAGCGACUGGGUCCAGCUGUUCCCCUUCCUCAUAAUUUAUCUGUGAUUCAAAAACCUGGACGUCCUGACCUUGAUAGCUGCACGUUGGAGCUCAGGAAGAUUCCUCCAGGUCUCAACACUAUAGCUCACCUUAAUGAUCAUUUUGCAAAGUUUGGGACAGUAGUUAAUAUACAGGUUCAUCAUGAAGGAAACCCAGAAAAUGCCUUAGUCACCUUCAAUAGCCACUCGGAGGCCAAUGCUGCUUAUCGUAGUACUGAGGCAGUUCUCAACAACAGAUUUAUCAAACUAUUUUGGCAUAAUCCACAGAUCAAAACUGAUCGGGGAGGUACUUAUGCAUCUCACACAGUUAGGCCGGUACAUGAUAGAUUAGGUGUACGUCACCCUAACAAAACCCUUAACAAGACAAUUGUUGAACCUGUCAGUGAGGAUAAAAAUGAGAAGGUGAUGAUGUCACGUGGCAGCCUAGUCAAAACUGUUUAUAAUACCCACGCCCUUCAUUCUGCUGCUGCUGCUGCAAGUGCUGUCAAUGUAUCUACUUACACUCCUACAUCACCGGGAAGUGUCACCCCUACUUCUCCUGUCUCUGGAUCCCAUUCCUUACCGACAGCAACUGGUGCUGUCACACCCACCUCGCCUCUAGCAGGUCCUCCUUCAUUGUCAACAAUUGUCCCCGAUUCUACACACGCUGCUGCUGUUGACACGAAGAGACAAGAGAUUGAGUCGAUUCUAAAACAGCGAGAACUCUUGGCUGCUGAGGUUGCAGCCAAGCACAAAGUAGAAAAACAGAAAGCUGAUGCAAUGAAACUGAGAUCUGAGGUUGAGCAGCGGAAGAGGCAGUUGUUGGAUAAGCAGAUGCAGCAGCUCAAGGUACUAGUAAAUAAAUUGGAAACAAACAAAGCUAACAUGAAAUCAGAAGAAAAGAAAGUUCUUUUGGAUACUAUAAAGUCUCUUCAAGCAGCAAUUGAAGCCACAAGGUCACAGGUAGUUGGAGGAGAUGUACCAAAAAGUAAAGUCCAAGUAGACAGGGAAAUCCUUGACACAGAAUUAGAGUUGUAUUCUGUUCAAGCAGAAGGUGGAGACAUUACCAAGUUGCGUGUGCAGCUUAAUCAGCUGCGAACACAGCAGCAAGCAGCAGGAUACCUGCCUUCUCGCUCUCUUAGACAUGGGCCAUAUGGGGCUGCAAGGGGUGGUCACUAUAUUCGUGGACGUGGAGUUGGUAGCCUGGGACGUGGUGUUCCCCGAGGUCGCGGAAGAGGUGCACGGGGAUAUGGUCAUUCUUUUGCAUCAGUGGACAGGCGAACUACGAAGUUAAAUGCCUCGGGAUUUGAGAGAGAAGACAAAGAAGAAGUCUUAGCUCAUUUUAGUACUUUAGGCAAGAUAACCAAUUAUAUAUGGGAUGGACAAACUCCUGCUGUGACUAUUCAGUAUGCUUCACGGCGUGAGGCAGAGAAGGCCAUGAGCGAGGGUCGGACUCUUGGAGACCGUCUUCUCACCCUUACGUGGGUCUUUGAUACUGCUCUCCCAAUCUCCACACAGUCCACAGCAACGAGUAUGGCAGGACCUCAUCACGUAUCGUCACAUACAUACACCAGUGUUGCUCCACACACCACUACGCCAUUGCUCUCUUCAGAUGACACUCUGGAGGAGAUUACAGAAGAAAUUGUAGAAGAAGUCGAGACAGAAGAAGGUGAGCAACCAGUUCUGUUUGAAGAGGAAGAGGAAGAAGUAGAAGAAGAUGAGGAAGAAGUAAGAUCCUGGAGGAGGUAGAUAUGGCAUUAGUGAAAAGUGAUGGACAUAAGAGGAAAUGUGUGAAUUUACUGAUAACAAAUAAAAAUUUGUUUGGUUUAAUAAUGCAGUGCAAGUGGUUCAGACAGACGUGAUAGAUUCGAGACAGAACAAUUAAGAAGGUUCUCAUUGUUAAACUUUAACUUGUAAGAAAAUGACAUGCAGGAAUAAAAUUAUCUUAACAGUUAUUAUUUUUUUUUAACUAAUUUAUAUUAGUAGUAGCAACAAACUAUGACUCGGAUGAAUUGAUAAGACCAGAUAUUGCCCAUCACUCAUUCUUGAUAUCAGUUGUUUCUUUUCAGUGUUAACUUAAGUGCGUAUUUUUUGUUUUGUGGUUGCUCAUCAGUGUAAUAAUGGUAUCUAGGUUGUACAGUUUCCAGCUCUGAUGGAUGGCAGUGUUUUGUAUAUAAAAUGAGAUGUCAGUCACAAUGUUCAUUGAUAUCUAUUAUUAAGGUUAACGUGUAUGACACUUUUUACUAAUCCUUAGAAACCCAAUUUGCAUUUAAUUGGUGCAGUACAGUAGGUAUAUGAAAUCACAAGCAGGAAGUUGCGGCAAAAAAAAAAAAAAUUGUAUUAUGGCUAAUUGAUUUUUAAUAUUUUUUGAGUAAAUUAAACAACUAAAUACUGUAUGUGUGAAAUGUUUUUUUGCUAGUUAGAUAUGGUAAAUGUAAUUGUUUAAAGUAGCAUCUAAUCCAUAAUUAAGUUUAUCUUAGAUAUGAUAUUAGUUGGUAAAAUUUCAGCGGGGUGAUUUAAACCAGUAGCACAAUACAUCAUAGUAAAAAAAGAUCAAUAAAAGUAUCAUUUUGAUUGACAAAGAUAGCUUUGUUCAUUUAAAGAUAGCUAGUUAUUAGUACAGAGAGAUUAUUUUGUUUCAGUAGGUAAUAUAAUUGUCUUAGAGGGUAUGGUGCAUAAUUUCAACGUUAAGAAAUGUUGAUUCUGUAUUGAAAUUGUUAUACUUAUAAAUAAUCAAUAUAUUUAUGUAUACUGUAUAUCAAGCAUUUGAUUAUUUUGAAUCUACUGUUUUAAUGUACUCAGAGUAAUAAUUUGAUGAACAUUUAGUAUGGUAUUAUUUAUUAACCAUACUCUCGUACCAAUAUCGAUUCCAUUGAACCAUUGUUUGGCCGAACAUUCCUGCCAUAUUUGAGGUGUAAGAUCGUGAUUCUUGUCUUCUGUCACUGAUUUUCUGAAUCUUCAAGGAAUAUAAAUGAUAUUUAGGACCCCUUGAAUGUUCUGUAAUGCAGACAGUGCUAUAUAGCCUUUUGGUCUUGGCUCUAUUAUUAUUAUUUUUUAAAUUUUGGACAGUCACACUAGAUUUGCAUUGAUACAAUAAUGUCAAAUUUUUACUGAUUUGUUUUAUUGAAGAAGACAGUGCUAAUACCGCCUGUUUUGUAGACUUGUAAACAUGAUUGAGGAUUCUUAGAGUAUGGAAAUAUACUAUAUAUACUAUACAUGUAUAGUAUACAUAGUAUAUUAUGGCCAUUUCAUCUGCUUUUACAUACAGUAUUAAGCUUUGAUGGAAAGUUUGUGAGAAAUAAUUGAAAUAUUCACAAAACAUGUUGUGAGAAAGAUGUUUUCCAUGGUUUCAGGUAAAUAAGGUCGAGCACUGAGAAUGUUGACAGUUUUUAUCAUCAUGUUUCUGAGUGCAACCAAAUUUCAAAACCUAUGUAAUUCAAUUAAACAAAAAUAACUAUAUGAGAUAAAAAACAAAUGGGAGUGCUUUUGUGUAUUAACUCAUUAUUAUGUUUCUUUUUUUUCUUGUAUACUUAUAUGUGAUAUUCCAUUUUCAUUGAAAAGAUUUAGGUGCUCUUUAGGAGCACCUUUAGGAGCGCCAAGUCACUUUAGGAGAUUUACCUUUUCAGUUCUUCUAAUAUGCAAGUUAAAUUAUUUAAAUCUACAGGUAAAUAUUUGUUGAGCAACAAAGGAAGAAGUAAUGAUGUUAUCAAUCCUUUUUAAUGUUAUCUUGAGGUUAUCUUGAGAUGAUUUCGGGGCUUUAGUGUCCCCAUGUUGCUCACUCUCUCAAUCUCUCUUGCUUUAAACAUUAGUUCAUAACAACCUAAUAAGCUAAAAUGUUAGUAUUUUCGAUGAUUUUCAUCUUACCCAGUAAUUAUAUUAGCAGCUUGCCGUAUUCUCUCACAUACACACACUUCUUAUUAAUGUGGCAUAAUUUUUACUGAUUUAAUUGUAAAAACUUUUAUGUUCUUUAUAAAAUUAUAGUAUACAAGAUUUCCAUGUUAAUUUGAGAAUAAUAUUUUGGCAGACUUAAAUUAAGCAAGAAACCCUUUAAGUAAAUCUUAAAACCAGUUCCAUAACUUGCUCGGUAAUUAUAAAUGUUAUUUUAUUAAUCUCUACUAUAUAUAUGCAGUUCUUACGUAAAUCAAUAAAAAUUGUGGUUACUGUUUAACUAAUGUGGCAGUUUUAACAUCCCAUUCUUUGUUAUCUUGCAUUUGUUGGCAGUCAAUCAUAUUAUUUUAAGCUAUCAUUUAUUGAAUAAAUUUUGUAAUAUAUUUUUUUGCCUUUGUGCCAUAAAAUGCUCCAUAAUGAAGAACAAAUAUUGCCCAUGCUCUGCACAACUGCUUUGUCAAAUAGAUUGUGAUAGAAAAGUUGCAGGUUGAUGGGAUAUGCGUGUUUGGUUGACUAUAGACAGCAGUUGAAGGUUAAAUGCUUACUUGAUAUACCAAGAG